CCUUGUCUCCUUGCUCCCGCUCGCUUGUCCCCGGCCGCUCGCUUCGCGCUCGUCUGCGCGUGCCCGUUUCCGCGCCAGCACUCGCCCGCUGUAGAGCCGAAGCACAGCCGCACAGGGAGCGACGCAUCGCCCCCUGCAGCCCUGCUACUACAGUGCUCCCGUCCUGGUCUCCCCGCCUCAGGAGUUUCUUGGCGCCGCGGCGCGGAGGGUAGCGCGGGAAAGGUGGGGGAGGGAGAUGGACUCGGCGGAGGCCGGCAAGGCGGGGACGCAGCAGCAGCCGGGGGCGGCGUCGACGAGCGGCGCCGGCGCGGCGGCGGUGCCGUUCGGGAGGUCGGCGUCGCGGCUCGGCGCGCCCUGCGCGGAGAGCUUCGACGGCGCGCUCAGAGAGCUCAAGGAUCUGCGGGCGCAGCUGCACGAGGCCGCGGACUGCUGCGAGAAGGCGUUCCUCAAGACCGACAAGAAGAAGCUGAUUCUGGAGGGUACAAAGAGUUACAUCUGCGAUGCAGUUGUUGCUGUGAUUGAUCACUUGGGGACUGUUUCGUCCAAGCUUGAGCACAAGCUGCAGGAGAAGGCUGACGUCACACAGGCAGAACGAAAGAUCAACUUCUUGAAACAGAGACUUUUGACAUGCGAACAGUAUGCCAUUUCGCUGAAGCUUUUAACUGUACGAGGAGACCCUGAUGGCAUUCAAUAUCAUCGUCGCUACAUCUCACAAUCUAUUCAAACGACAAAACAAGAGAAUGGUGCUAGUUCGAGUAAAAGUGAUCCGGAAGUCCUAAAAGUUACUGGCCCAACACUAUCUGGAGCUGGCCUCGCUCUCAAGCCUUAUGAUGUUCAACCAUCCAUCGGGAAAGAAGAUACCGUGGCAUCUACAAGUUUUGAUGACAGCCCAAGGAACCUACUAAGAAGGUCAUAUUCUUUUAGAGCAGAGGAUAUUCACAUUGUUCUAGGUGAUGAUAACAAGAAGAAGGCCAAUACUGGGAGUAACAUCUUGUCAUUUCUCAAGAAAACUAGGCGGCAUGCAUAACCUGACAAGCCCCAAAUGCGGCAACGGGAUAGUGUAACAGUACCCUCCCUCUUUUUUUCGGAUUAUGUAACAGUAGUGUAGUACUGAAAGCAUUUGCUCCAGGGACCGACUUACUUUUCCUUAGAUAAUGGAAAAGAUUAUUCGGCUUCACUCUCCUCAUUGAGAGAGGAUCAGGCCAAUCUUAUUACACGCAUUAGCAAACACACCAUGUUAUCACAGUGUGUUUAAAGUAUAAAGCAUGCUUAUUGAAAGCCAAAA